GUGCGGAAGAUCCGCGGUGGCGGCAGCAGCAGGGCGGCGCUUCCCGCGGAGAGCUGAGGCGAGCUGGGCUGAGGACAGGGCGGCUUCCCCGGGGCUUCAGCGAACAUGGACAGCCAAGGAAGGAAAGUGGUGGUGUGCGACAACGGCACGGGGUUUGUGAAGUGUGGCUAUGCAGGCUCCAACUUCCCCGAGCACAUUUUCCCAGCGCUGGUGGGGAGGCCCAUCAUCCGCUCCACAGCUAAAGUGGGCAACAUCGAGAUCAAGGAUCUGAUGGUGGGGGACGAGGCGAGCGAGCUGCGCUCCAUGCUGGAGGUGAACUACCCCAUGGAGAACGGCAUCGUUCGUAACUGGGAUGACAUGAAGCACCUGUGGGACUACACCUUCGGCCCUGAGAAGCUCAACAUCGACUCCCGCAACUGCAAGAUCCUCCUCACCGAGCCCCCCAUGAACCCCACCAAGAACCGAGAGAAGAUCAUAGAGGUGAUGUUUGAGACGUACCAGUUUUCUGGUGUUUACAUCGCCAUCCAGGCCGUGCUCACACUCUACGCACAAGGUCUGCUGACUGGUGUGGUGGUGGACUCUGGUGAUGGUGUGACUCAUAUCUGCCCAGUGUAUGAAGGCUUCUCUCUCCCUCAUCUAACACGCCGUCUGGACAUCGCCGGUCGGGACAUCACACGCUACCUCAUCAAGCUGCUGUUGUUGAGGGGUUACGCCUUCAACCACUCCGCCGACUUCGAGACGGUGAGGAUGAUGAAGGAGAAACUGUGCUACGUGGGCUACAACAUCGAGCAGGAGCAGAAACUGGCUCUGGAGACCACCGUGCUGGUCGAGUCAUACACUCUGCCAGACGGCAGGGUAAUAAAGGUCGGAGGUGAGCGGUUUGAGGCUCCAGAGGCUCUCUUCCAGCCACACCUGAUUAAUGUUGAAGGAGUGGGCGUGGCCGAGCUGCUCUUCAACACCAUCCAAGCAGCCGACAUCGACACCAGGGCUGAGUUCUAUAAGCAUAUCGUGUUGUCUGGAGGAUCUACUAUGUACCCUGGUCUGCCGUCUCGUCUGGAGCGUGAGCUCAAGCAGCUUUACCUGGAGAGAGUCCUUAAAGGAGACGUGGACAAGCUCUCGAAGUUUAAGAUCCGUAUUGAAGACCCUCCUCGCCGUAAGCACAUGGUGUUCCUGGGCGGAGCCGUGUUGGCCGACAUCAUGAAGGAUAAAGAUAAUUUCUGGCUGACCAGAGAAGAAUACCAGGAGAAGGGCAUGCGUGUGUUGGAGAAACUCGGAGUGACCGUCAGAUAAACCACAACACACACACAUGCACACACACAAGGAAAAUCACUUGCACACACACACACACCUGAGUUAUUUCACAUACACAUGUAAACAGGGUGGCAUUUUGGCAGUGUAUAAAUGGGGAAACAAAAAAAAUAAUAAGAAGAGUUGGCAGAAGAUACUUGAUUGUAUACGUCAAAUACUUGAAUUUUGCAUUUUCUUAUUAUAAUUAUAUUCUCAUCAAACGAUUGGUGCAACAUUCUUCCAUAAACAGAAGAGUUCUGCCAGUUGACGGCCUGAUAACUGUUAGAAAAUCGAUUGGUUGAAUAAUAAAAAAAAAAAAAAUCAGAUUUACUGUUUAUGCUGCCAAAAUUAAUCCUAGAAGAAGGUCGGCCUCUCUUGCUCUCUCUCUCUUUCUCAUUUUUCUCUCGCUCUCUCAUUUCUCUCUUUCUCUCGCUCUCAGUCUAUCUAUCUAUCUAUCUAUCUAUCUAUCUAUCUUUCUCUCUCUCUGUCUCACUUGGCCAUUGACCUAGACAUUGGUGUACAUCACUAAUUCUCGUCUGCUUGAUGUUUUGUUGCCAUAAAUCACGUUUUUAAAGAACACACUGUUCAGAGAGAGAGAGAGAUUAUCUAAAUAAAUAAAAAAGACUUAAAAAUGUAAAAACAAAAUUGUUUUAAAAAAAGAAAGAGUGAAAUAACAACAGUAGCCAUUUUUGCUGAUGAAGAUUACGAUAGACAGUAUAAUAUUUAAGGCCGGUGGUAUCAAAUGUGUAAAAGGCGUCCUGUCCUGAGGCAGGCUGCUUUUUAUUAUUUUUUUUUGUUUAUGUAAAAUGUUUUUCUUGUCUUUUUUUAUUUCCUUUCCUAUGUUUAAAGACCUCUGAUGUUGUAAGUUGUUCAGUAGCACAUCUAAUGCCCAUUUUAGGAUUUAAAACUGCUGGAUUUUUUUCUGAAUGACAGAAAUAAAUGUGAUUUUUGGAGAAAAAAAAAGUAGUAAUUUUUCUUAUUAAUUCAACAUGUUGCUUCCUUGGAUUACGAGGAUUUUUUUAUGUGGAUAGACAUUCAUUUAAACAUAUGAUGUAAAAUAAAGUGGCAUAUUGUAUAAAAUACCCAGAACAAACAAGCAAGCAUUGCUAAUGCUAUAGUAAAAUAGAGUAGGGUAUUAUAUGCUGUAGUAGACUGUAGUGUAGUCAUUGGUCUUGCCUUGUAAUUACAAAUGUCCAGAGCCAAUCAGGAGGAAAAUUAAGGCUAUUUAUUCUAAAAUGCUACCAGUGAUACCAGCUGUAACUCAUUGAUACCAGCUGUAAAUAAAAGAUAAAUUAAUUGUGGUUAUAAUGAGUAAAAAUGCACCUACAUAUGAGUAAUUUUAUGUAAAUUAAUAUGUAGCGUUGAAAUAUCCACUAGUUAGAAUUAUAGUGUAGACAAAAAUAAUGUAUAACAAUUUUCCUUGUAAAACAAAUUAGUGCAUGUUUUAUUUUUAUUUUUUUACUAGUAAAAAUAUGAUUAUAGAUAAGAUAAAGUAAAAUUCUAUGUGAAUCCAUUGUAACAUUAUAAUAGUUAGAGUUGUGAAGGAUUUUUAAUCUUCCUGGAUGGAUCUUCAAUCUUUAAAUCUGAUAAUUAAUAAUAAAAAAAGUGAAUAGUUGGUCCUAAAAUAUUAAUUUAUACUAAGGAAAAAUAUAUUUAAAAAUUACAUAAAAUUUAAAUUAAAGUUUAUAAUGGUAAUUAUUAAAUUAGCUUGUACUCAAUAAUGGCAAUUCAUGGCUAAACCUGCAAAAAAAUUUGAUUUUCCAAAGGUCCCAUUUGUUUCUGUCAUACAGAAAUCCAGACACAAAAUAUAUAUAUUUCACACUUCUACUCAGUGAUAAAACUUUUGCAUCCGGACUGCAAUUAAAAAAUCAGGAGGACCAGUGAGGUUUUUUUUUUAGGCUUUCUCACUCACGUGACAUCGCGUUCAGUAGCUCCUCCAUUUCCACUUGCUGUGUUGCUUGUGUUUUUAGGCGGAUCUCCGUGGAAAUGUGCGCCCAAAGUGUAAUUACGGUGCGCGGCAGUGGACAAAUAGCUAUUUUAUUAAAUGUGAGGAGACGAAACUUAGAGAUGUGCGUCUGGGCAGGACUAAAAUUACUGGAGGACCGCGGAGUUCAGCGAAAAACAGUAGAUAAAUCAGCCUGUAAUUUUCUCUCAGAGGACAUCUGAGAAAAACACGUACAUGGUGGUUCUGGACAGGAACAAAUCACAGGCCCCCUGAAAAACUAAUCCUGUCUGGAUAGGGCUUAACAUGUAAUAAUAUCAUAUAUAAAUGCUUACAAAUAGG